GCGCUGCAGCCCCUGAUGUCAAGUGGCGAGUGUUUCUCCGUGAUAAUUAACGAAUUUUGCUUAUCGAUAAAUUGAUUGAUAGUUGGCUGAGAUUAAUUCAGAAAUAUUAAUAUACACUGUGGAAAUAACACGAGAUUAUUGUGUUAAGCUCAAGUGUUACGUUGACGUAUAGUGAAAAUUGCAAAGAAUAUCACAAGCGAUUAAUUUCGUUUGUAAUCAACUGCCAAUAGAAGACGAGAAAAGUAAAAAAAAAAAUCUUCCACUGUGUAGUAGUGCGCGAAUUUCAUAGUUUUUGCUAUUUGUAGUUACCUAUCAGCAUCGUUGUUUGAAAGAUUUAAAAAAAAAGUUCUUCUUCGAUAAUGAAGACCAACGAUAGGAGCGGAAAUGUUUCACGAGUUAGAAUCGUGGUUCUAGGAAGUAGCAACGUUGGAAAAUCUGCCCUGACCGUGCGCUAUCUCACCAGGCGAUUCAUCGGCGAAUAUCGAUCGAAUACCGAUUUGCUCUACAGGCAGAUAGUUACGGUUAAUAACAUGGCGUUGAAUGUGGAAAUAGUCGAUGUAUCAGGCGAAGCGGAAACAAGUUUUCCUGCUGACCAAGUCGCUUGGGCUGACGGUUGCCUGAUUGUCUACAGCGUUACCGAUCGUCAGAGUUUUUUGUACGCCGAAGAGUGCCUUCGUCAUUUUCAAGAGGGAGACAGUCCAGCCGUCCAAACCGUUCUCCUGGCGAAUAAAAUGGACCUAGAACACCUACGCGAGGUCGAGGAAGUCGAAGGCCGGGAGCUAUCGAAACAGUACGGAUGCCAAUUUCACGAGAUUUCGGUCGCGGAAGAUUCGUCCUCGCUCUACAAGGCGUUUGAACAUCUGGUGACUGAGUGUCGAGUUUUACUUCGAAACACAAAGACGCGAAAGUUCUCCGUUAGUAAGAUGAUCGGUACAUUAAUCGGUACGCAGAAGAGUGCUACCCCGUCAUGCGGGGGUACCGUUGUCGUAUGUAAUAAAAAUGAUCUUCACUAUUCUCGAGUAUUGAAAAGACGACAAAACUUAGUGGCACCAGCGAGUCUAUGAUGCCUUGAAAUAGCCGAGAACGAGUAAUGAGUUCAAGGCAGGAUGUACAUGCUUGUUCAUCUACAAGAUGAACGCCCAUUUUACGGACUAACUGGCUGGAAGCUGCUGAAACCGAUGCCGACGUUGGUGCUGGACCUGAAACGACGGGGAGGAUUGACGGCGCUAGACUCCAGCGAAAUGUAAUCUGUCCUUUGGCCUACCUACCCUGAAAUUUCCGUAAAGGCGAUUGUCGUGAAAAGGCUAUGCCGGCUACAAGAAAGUGGACACAUGGAUUUGGUGUCAGUAGCGACGGUGUGAGGAGGAAACGAGAGGGGCUUCAGCUCCGCCAACCGAGGUGAUAUACUUGAAGCUGAUCGCGUUUAGCACGACGCCUGUCUACAAAAAUAACCGACGAUGAGACCUGGUAUGUUGGCAAUGGCGUCGCUACCAGUGUCCUCGUCGAUGACGUUGUGGUUUACAUUCAUUCAUGCUACCACAAACAGUUCCAACAUGAGAAACUGAGAAUUGGAUGACUGACCCCGCGGGUGGCACGGACCUCGAGUCGUUAUCGUCGUGAGAUAUUUAUCAAUCGACGCUCGGCGUUGUUCUGUAUUUAUCGUCGGCGAAGAUACUCGCGCCCGAAAUGAUCCCACCGGGAUGAGGUGUUGAUUUUUAGUAAAAUGAAGAACACUGAUUCGUGUCAUUCGUUUUCAAAUAUCGCGUGAGGGGCGAGGGGAAAAUUACGUGUAGAGCCAACGAAUGUAUAGCCCGGUCCGAUUCGCAGUCGAGGGAUUUUAUUCGUUAUAUGUUGAAUUGCUGGAUUUUCAAUUUAUAUACGUGGCUCAUUUCUAGUCUGACGUAGUAAUCUCAAUUGCAUACCGUUUACCGUUGGUUCUGAAAAAUAUAUUAAGAUAUUGAAAUGUUCAAAUGAAACGACCAGAAUCAAAAACUGAACGAAAUUUUGUGAUCAUUCGAGUGCCUAAACGAUACCUAUCUAAGUCACGUCACGUGUACAAUGAAAAUAUAGCGGAUAUAUCUUAUGUAUAAACGGUUUUCCGUCUCUGUUCCCUUAACUCAAUUAGGUACUUGUAUUGUCAGUUGUUAUUAUUAUUUCGUAAAAAUAAUAAUAGCAAUAAUUAUUAUUAUAAUCAUUUUCAUUAUUUAUUCGUCACAAACGCAAUGAAAUAUUAAUAUAUUACGCAGAUUUGUGAAUGAUUUUGUUUGCGAUUAUUUUUACGACGACAAGACUAGCGGAUAUCCGUAAAGAAAAAUGGAAAACAAAAUCAGUCGUACAGUAUUUUGAGAGUAAACUGACGAUGUAUUGCGAUGUAACUUAUUUUUAGUUUCCUGAAGGGUGACUAAAUUAUACAUGAGUAGUACCGAUAAGAAAACAUGGGAUCGAACGCCGCGUAUCCCAUGGUACGUAUACGUGCAUUGCAUGUUCCUUAUGAACGAGUGUACGAGUGAUUAUUUAUUCACGUAGACAUUAUACGGAAUGUAAAGUUCUCACGGUAUACACCUUAUACGCAAUUGUGACGCAAAUUACUGAACGUCGUUUAUUGGUUCGGAUAGAGUACAAUGCAUACAUAGAAAUGACUAAUAUUCUAGUUAACGCAUCUAAGAAUAGAAUGUAUUAUUGUAUUAAACGCAUAAAAAUAGGAUUAGGAAUUUAUUAUUCGUAUUUAUUAUAAUUAUAAACGAUAUUUAUGAAAGGAAUUGCGUUCUCAAAAGGCUGUGAGUUAAAUUUUUCUUUACAAAAAAUAGGCUGUACAAAUUUCUCGCGAAUUAAUGAUAUAAGGUGUACAGAAAUAGUCUCAUUAAUAUACUACAUAAUAGGUGAAAAUAAAAAAAUAAAUGAAUAUACAUGAAAAAAAA